AUGGCUCUCUGGAUCAUAUCCGGUGCUUCUCUUUUGUAUUUUCUGGGCAGCAACGUCGCGAGCACGUUUGUAGAAAAGUACUGGCUGAAAUAUGUCGACGGCUUUCUCGUAACACUUCAGAUUGUCGGACUUUCCCUGCUUGUCGGCGCGUUGCUCAGUAUUCCUGUCGCGCUCGCGCGCAACUCGAAAUGGAAGAUUUUUUCGUGGCCAGCCUAUGGCUAUGUCUAUUUCUUCCGCGGAACACCGCUGCUCGCCCAGACUUUUCUGAUCUACUACGGCGCCGGUACCUUCCGGCCAGAACUGGAAGCUGUCGGGCUUUGGGGGUUUUUCCGGGAAGCCUGGUAUUGCGUGAUUUUCGCGUUUUCACUCAACACGGCCGCCUAUCAGGCCGAAAUAUUACGCGGUGCCAUACUGAACGUGCCGAAAGGCCAAUGGGAAGGUGCUGAGGCACUCGGAAUUUCAACGCCGGUCACCUUCUUCAAGAUCAUCCUGCCUCAGGCUCUGAUGGUGGCGCUGCGCCCCUAUGGCAACGAAAUCAUCCUCAUGAUCAAGGGCUCGGCAAUUGCCUCCAUCAUCACGAUCUACGACCUGAUGGGCGAAACAAGGCGUGCAUAUUCCAGAUCCUACGACUUCCAGGCCUAUAUCUGGGCCGCGGUGGCCUAUCUUUUGAUCGUCGAAACCCUGCGCCGAAUCUGGGACAAGAUCGAAGCCCGGCUCACGCGCCACCUGAAGCGGUGA